AUGCCUCUACCACCAGCGAGUGGAACUGGUCGAUAUUUUGCAAAAGCAGCCAAGUCUAUUCGAUUGAUUCGUCAGGGAUGCACUAAUAGGCCUUUCUUUCAUAUUUCUGUUACUCAUAGAAAAAGAUUAAAUAGCCAAGCAGUUAUUGAACAACUUGGUUCAUAUGAUCCAAUGCCCAAUAUGUAUAAUGAAAAGCUUGUUGCCCUAAAUUUAGAAAGGAUAAAAUACUGGCUCGGCCAUGGAGCUCACGUUACUCCUCCAGUUGCUGAACUAUUUGGACUAGCUGGUUUCUUUCCCAUUCACCCACGAUCAUAUAUGACAGCUUGGAGAAAUAGAAAAACAGAACAGGAAAGAUUAGCCAAAGAAGCCGAAGAGGCGAAAGCCGCUGAGAGUAAUAAUUCA